AUGUCGCUGCCCUCCAGCGCUCUGAACAUCGUCGGCUCCGCCUCCAUCACCUCCAGCCCUUAUUCAAUUCGCACAAAUAUUAGUGUAGUACUUCCGCUUUACAAUUUGGCGUUUACGGUGCCCUGCAACUACCCCGGGCAGAAGGUGACGUUCCACGUGGAGGAGGGCUCCAACCCCGUCUACUUCGCGGUGCUCGUCGAGUUCGAAGACGGCGACGGCGACGUGGUGCAGGUGGACAUCAUGGAGGCCAACUCCGGCUACUGGACGCCGAUGCGCGAGUCCUGGGGAUCCAUCUGGAGGCUGGACGCCAACCAUAGGCUGCAGGCGCCCUUCUCGCUGCGCAUCACAAAUGAGUCCGGCAGGAAGCUGGUGGCACAAGAUGGCACCAUCACGUUCCACAAGGCAGCAGCUGCUAGCAUCUUAGAUCCAACGUAG